GCACUGCACUGUGGACGCGCACCGCAGCGUGACCGCGCACGUUCUGUUGGAAUAUUUAAGCGGGAGCGAGCACGUGCGCGCACCCGUAUUCUUUGUGUGUGCAGCGUAGAGAAGCGCCAAAAGAAGUGACCAUGGCUGAUGAAAAACCAAAGGAAGCCGUCAAGACAGAAAGCAACGAACACAUAAACCUGAAGGUAGCAGGUCAGGAGGGAUCGAUAGUGCAGUUCAAGAUCAAAAGACACACGCCGCUCAUCAAACUCAUGAAGGCCUACUGCGACAGACAGGGACUGUCUAUGAGGCAAAUCAGGUUCAGAUUUGAUGGACAGCCGAUAAAUGAGACAGACACACCGUCACAGUUGGAAAUGGAAGACGAAGAUACGAUUGACGUGUUUCAACAACAGACGGGAGGCCUCAUUUAAUCAAGCCACCAUUUUCCUUCUGAUACACAGCGGCCGCCUCUUUGCAACUCUGUCCUAUUGUCUCAACAGAGAAGUUCCAUGAGAAGCUGUCAUUUCUCUGCACUACACACAACUGCUGUAUAGUAUUUCCAUUCUUGCCCUCUCUUUUUGUACAUAAACCACACCCAGGUUUUGUUUGUUCAUGCUGUAUUGUGGUAAAUGUAAAGGACUUCUUCUUGCAAAGGUUGCAGACAGAUAGGACUGAGUGAGGAUUAACACAGCUGGCUUUACUGGUCAAAUGUCUCCGGGCUAGGCUUGGUUAUUGUUCAGAAAAUCUGUACUAUUUUAUCACUUAGGGAACAGUAUACCCAGUUUGGGAAUGGGGGCUGCAUUGACAUUUGGUUUCUGUUAUCUUCAGCAAAAAAAUAUUUGAUUUUAUACAUUUUUAUAUGGUAGUGGAUGUGUAGAGAAUUAAUCGUUUGGCUCGGCAAAUUUUGGGAAGCCUGAAGAAACGUCUCAGUUAACUAAACAUCUGUAUUGUCUAUUAAGAUGCCUGUUAAAAUAAAGCUAUUGUCUUUUUCCAAACUUCCACUAA